AUGUUCCCUAACUUACAAUAUUUUCAUUUCGAUCCAUUUCUUUGUUAUCACCGAAUAUCAUUCUGGUCUUCACCUUCAGCUGGGUUCUCUUCAACUUUAUGCGAAUUGAGUGUCAAAGUGAUGUAUGCUGAAGAUUGUCUUUAUUUACUUGACGGUCGUUUCAAUCAACUUCGGACAUUCUUUGUUAAUAUAGGAUCUCCAGCUACUCAUUCGGCCUUAAAAAUAAAUAAAGGAAAACUACCAAAUUUACGAUGUUUUUCGUUGUAUUAUCUUUUGAGAACAUCUUUCUAUGAUACAAUAAUCAUAGGACAGAAUGAAGAUGAAUGUUAUAUUUAUUCAUAUCCAUACAAAAUAACAAGAUAUGAAAAUAUAGAAAAGAAUUUCCCAGGUCAUUUAUUUACAUGUGGCUUUGAAGAAUCAUUAUUUGAUGAACAUUCGUUGGAACAGGAUUUCUUUAUUCAAAUUGUUCAAUCAUUUCCAUUUAUGAGCAGUUUAACUCUAACUAAUCGAGAAGCACAAAACGAUAAACAAUGUAGAAAAUUAGAAAAAUAA